AUGAAUGUUGUGCAGACAAAGGUGAUCAAAGCUCUGAGGACACAUCCGCGGUUGCGGAGGCUUGUUUACAUUUCCUGUAAUCCUGAAAGCUUGGUGGCAAAUGCUAUUGAGCUCUGCACACCAUCUGCUGAUAAAACAGAGAAAGGGAAUAAGAACAAUAGGGGAUGGAGGAACAUGAGCAGUGCCAGUUUGGCUCGCCACAGGGCCAAGUCCAUGCCCAACUCAGAGCCUUUUAAACCUAUCAAAGUCAUGGCUGUUGAUCUAUUCCCUCAUACUCCACACUGUGAACUGGUUAUGCUUCUGGAGAGGUUGAAGGUAGGGUUUGUAAUGGCUAAAGCAUUGGACCAAGUAUAG